UUAAGUUUUCUUUCCCCUCUUCCUUGUUGGCACUGGCUCCUCCUCACCCUGGCACUGACUCCUCCUCGCAGUGGCAGUGGCUCCUCCCCUAACGCGGCACUCCGCCUACGGCACCGCCCGCGCGCCUCUCUCUACCGCCGACACCCGCCCACACCCUCCCGGCCUCCACACCCACGCGCCAGCCGCCGCCCUCUCCUAGCGGCACCAUCGCCCUGGAGGUGAACACUCGUGCUGACCCUAACUGACCUUGUGUGCUGAGACCUGAUCUCAUAAUGGAGCCGAAGCUUCCUCCCGAAGUGACCUGCGUUCCUGUCGUUUGGCCGGAAAAGUGGAGAUAGUCCCACUACUUCCGCCGAACUCCUGUGACUGUGUGCACGUGUUGAGGGAAUGGUGUGUGCUGUGUCUGUGUUCUGACCUCUUAUGUGAUACCCAUGUCCAUUUGUUUCCUUCUAUGUUCGGUCUAGAUAGGUUCCCUUGAUAUCAACCAAAUGUUCACUAUUGGCCGUGUAUCAUCUUUUGGCCCUUUGGGUGUUUAAGGAGAGACUCUAUGACGCGUGAAGCUCAUGAGAAUAUCCAGGAAGCCAUCACGCCCACCAAGAUCUUUCUCUGCAGUUAAUAUGUGCACAGUUGCAGGGAUCAAGUUGGCUUACUUCGAUGCCGUCUCCUCCGGGUACUGUUCAUGUAAGCUGUAUCUACUGUGCGUGUCUAGAAGGAGCAUCUGCAUGUGCACAUGGCUGACAAUCCGUGAUGCUUGGUGAGUGUCUGGCAGUCUCCGGAAGGACUCUAUUUAUGUUUUUCGUAUUUCGUAUGCACAAGAUCAGAACUGCGUCAAUGAAACAUAAGUAUGGUAUAUAAUGAGAGAAAGAACAAUUCUGUACCUAUAAAAAAGUACAUGUCUUAGGAAGCAAAACGAGAGAGAAAAAAAAAACUGUGAUAGACGGUCAUAAUUGUGCAAAUUCAAAAGCGAAAUAUGAACUGAGAACAAUUUACAACAGCAACAGCCCAUCAACUAGUAGCGCAUCAGACACCCCAGACCAACAUCUAUCCUACCAAAACACUUUCCCCUCCCACAACACGUUUCUCUCCUUCCUAUACAACCCGACAUGGACGACAAAAUAGUGGAAGCGACCAGCGGUGGCGGCGUGGACAACAGAGGGAGCAACGUAACCGGAGAAGGAGGAGGUACUAGUGGUGGUGACGGUGGUGGUGGUUUCUCUGAUGAUCAUUUGCGAGGGGGUGGAGGGCUGCGAGCAGGUGUGGGCGUGAACAUGGCUGGGUAUUCCAUCAACGGGCUCCUGAACCAGAGUAUGCAAAGUGAGCAAGGACCCGCUCUCCUGCACAACCUGACGCCCAUCAAGUACGGCUACCCAGACUGCAGCGGCAUGGGCGGCAGCACCAUGACAACGCCCACUGGCAUCUCCAUUACUCUAGGCACACCCAUUCCCGCCCAUGCCCCCCAUCAACACCCGCACCACGCCCUCAAUCCCCACCACCCACAUCAUUCUCACCACCACCACCCUCAGGUCUUACAACACCACACCAUCUCCACCACCUCCUCCUCCCCGUCCAUCUCAUCCACUUCCACCGUAGCCUCCUUUUCUAUGUCACCCAUGGCCUCAGCCCCCACAGCUCCCCCAGUACUGGGCAGCAGCUCCCCUACAGGCACGGCCACGCCCAUCUCCUUCACUACUUUGACCGCAGGGGCUCUCAAGAGGAAGCAGAGGAGAUACAGAACCACCUUCACCAACUUCCAACUGGAGGAGCUGGAGAGGGCCUUCCACCGUACCCACUAUCCUGAUGUGUUUUUCAGGGAGGAACUUGCCUUGAGGAUUGACCUGACGGAGGCGAGAGUGCAGGUGUGGUUCCAAAAUCGCCGAGCCAAAUGGCGAAAGCAAGAGAAAUUGAUGGCCAAGCAACACGAGGCGGCGGCGGCAGCGGCGGCGGCAGCGGCGGUAGCUUCCAUGGGCAUGGUAGGAGGACAGCAGCAGCAACAGCAGCAGCAGCAGCAACAACAACAUCAGCAGCAACAACAACAACAACAACAACAACAUGAGCAGCAGGAGGAGCAGCAACAACAGCAGCAGCAGGAACAGACAGCGAUUGCUCAGCAUCAGGGAAUCAACGUGACCCUGUCCGCCGCCCCCCACCCGCAGGAGCAGGUGGUGCUGGCGCCCCUCACAGCCACGCCCCCUGAGGUGACGUCAUCUUCUCUGGUCACGCCCAACACCCCGCCGCCGCCCGUCAGCACGCAGUCCUCUUCUCCCACACACACCCUUUCUUUUGGGUCCUCGUCUCCCGGAGUCUAUUUGGGUAUGGAGUGGACGCCGCCCUUCCCCUCCACGCUCUCCACUCCCCCGCCGCCCACCACGCCUACACCAACAUCAUCUCCGCCGUCGACGCCCGUACUGGCUAGCCCUUACUACCUGGCAGUGCGUCCUCCAGAUCUUGAAGUCCCGGAUGACGAGAAACCACCGCUACUCAGCCAUCCCUUCACCCCUACCAGCAUCCCGUUCCCUUCUCCUUCACUCCCCCUUCCCUCCACCGGCCUCAGUCUAACACCCACGUCCUUCUCUCUUACACCCACAACGCUUCCUCUCACACCCACCACGUUAUCUUUUACCCCCACGACUUUAUUACCGCCCACCUCGGUCUCACUGUCGCCUACAACUUUGUCCAUUCCUUCUACGUCACUUUCCUUCCCCCCUGUUAACAGUAUACCUCUCACUCCCACCUCCCUCUCCCUCACCCCUACCAGUCUCUCCCAGCUGAGGAUGAGGGCGAGGGAACAAACAUCGUCGUUCAUCAAUCUCAACGCCGAGUGAUUGAGGGAGUGAGUGAGUGAGGCGCCUCGUCCCCAACUCCACGCAAGAAUUGAGGAAGAUCUACGUGAAAUUGGAAUCUGUACUGUACUAAGUGUGCGGUUUCUUUUUUUUUUUUUCUUUUCUUUUUUUGCGCAAUGUUUAAAUGAGAGAAGGUUGAGUUGACGAACGUGUGUGUGUAUGUG